CAUUUUACUCGAGUCUUCCUUCUCUACGUCGGCGCUCUCUCUCCACUUCCCUUCACAUAAUUCCCAAUCGAAGCCUCUCUCCCCCAGACGACUCCCGGCAGCCCAGUCGGCACCGGCGACUUCUCCUUUCUCUCUCCAGGGACGAUAAAUCUUCUCUCUCCCCAGUCAGCGAUAUCUCCUUCUCUCUCCCGUCGGCGACAUCUCCCACUUCCCGGUCAGUGCCUCUCUCCCCCACUUCACUGACGAGUGCCGGCAGCCCAGUCGGCACCGGCGACGUCUCCUUUCUCUCCCCAGUCAUAUCUCCUUCUCUCCUCUCCAGUGUGGCGAUAUCUCCCACUUUCCAGUCGGAGACAACUCUUCCCUCUCCCCAGUCGGAGACGGCAUCGGCGACAUCUCAUUCUCUCUUCCCAGUCGGUGACAUCUACUCUUUCCAAUUGACUCUUCUCUCCCACACUUCACUGACACUGCCGGAGACAACCCUUCUCUCCCCAAUCGGCGUCGGCGACAUCUCUCUCCAGAACGAUGAAACGGUGCGUUUUUGAAGUGCUGCCUUCUUGGAAGGCCAGAGGAGCCCAUUUUAAGCCCUAACAAGAAAAGACGUGUCUGGCAAGUCGCUUUUAUUUCAACACAAGCUCCCAAUAGCUUCUUGCUUUAGCACUCCAUCUUCAAAUUUUUCUUCUUCGGAGAUUCUUGAAAUGUUGGGUCUUCCUCAGCGCUGUCAAUGGCUAUAUCUCAUUUCCUGAAAUUCUUGUUUGCCAUUGGUGUUUGGUGUACUGCUUAUGUUACCGUUGCAAUAAUUUCCUAUUUCCGGGGCUUCAGCUCUCUCCGUGCCUUCUGAUUAGCGCAGCUAGCAGUUUGAAGAAGCUACAAUGGGCUAUGCACAACUUGUAAUUGGCCCUGCAGGCAGUGGGAAGUCCACAUAUUGCUCUAGUUUGUACCAACACUGUGAAACAGUUGGGCGGUCAAUAAACAUUGUGAACCUCGAUCCUGCGGCAGAAAAUUUUGACUAUCCUGUGGCUAUGGAUAUCAGGGAACUCAUUUCCUUGGAUGAUGUUAUGGAGGAACUGGGUCUCGGUCCCAAUGGAGCUCUGAUUUAUUGCAUGGAAGAGCUUGAAGACAAUCUGGAUGACUGGUUGGCAGAAGAGCUGGAAAAUUACAGGGAUGAUGACUAUCUAGUUUUUGACUGCCCAGGCCAGAUAGAACUUUUUUCACAUGUGCCGGUGCUUCGGAACUUUGUGGAGCAUUUGAAGAGUAAAAAUUUCAAUGUCUGUGCUGUUUACUUGAUUGAUUCACAGUUCAUCACGGAUGUGACCAAGUUUAUCAGUGGAUGCAUGGCAUCUCUUUCUGCAAUGGUACAACUUGAAUUGCCUCAUGUUAAUAUCCUCUCCAAAAUGGACCUCGUAACCAACAAAAAGGAUAUUGAAGAUUACUUGAAUCCGGAGCCUCGUGCCUUGUUGUCGGAACUGAAUCAACGCAUGGCCCCACAGUUUUUAAAGCUAAAUAAAGCUUUGAUUGAACUGGUGGAUGAGUAUAGCAUGGUGAAUUUUGUUCCGCUUGACCUAAGGAAGGAGAGCAGCAUACAGUAUGUUUUGGGGCAAAUAGACAACUGCAUUCAAUAUGGAGAAGAUGCGGAUGUAAAGGUUAGAGAUUUUGAUCCACCGGAUGAAGACUAGACCUGCUAUGUCAACGCAUAAUGUUACCAAGGAUACUGGCGUGGUUGCAACCAUUCCAUUAAAUGAACACUCCUUUUGACUUUGUAAUCACAUUAAAGAAAGUUAUGUUGAGUAGUGCUGGUCAUAAUUUGGCGAUCGAUGUGCACAGUUUCGAGGCUCCUCUUCCUGAAUUGUCUCAGAUUUUAUUUGCUCAUAUCUGUGGGGUUGCCUUUUGCUUUUUCCCCUCUCCAAAAAAAAAAAAAAUGGUGAUGAGCAGAAAUCUCUUUUAACUGAAAAAAAAAUAAAGAAUAGGAUCAAUUUAAUUCGGUUUUGAUA